AUGAUCUUCGCAUCAAGUUUCCUAGCUCUGGCUGUCUUGACGCUCUCCUUGCUUUACCCAUCGAUCGUCGAUGCCUCCUCGAGAGCAGUCUAUCUGGAUCAUGCAAUGCAUGCUACGGAUGUUCUCAACCAACGAUGGUAUGAACACGGYCGAGGGCUAUGGCAAGGGCACUGGUGGAACUCGGGUGCGACACUCGCUACUAUCGGAGACGUUGCUCUCGUAAACAACGACUUCAAAAAGACUGCAAGCGACAUGUUCUCCAAUAUCUUAGUCACCGCAAGAAAUUCAAACAACGGCACCUUUYUCAACACAUUUUUCGACGAUGAAGGUUGGUGGGCUAUGGGUUGGAUCAAGGCAUACGAUUUGACGAAAGAGAUCAAGUACCUUGCAACCGCCGAGGAGAUCUUCACCGACAUGCUCACGGGACAAGGCGCGAAGUGUGGGGGUAUAUGGUGGUCGAAAGAGCAUGUCUCCAACUCAGCCAUUAGUAACCAGCUGUUCCUUGCCGUGGCAGCAUCGCUGGCGAAUCGUGUCCACGGCAAGAAAGAUCGAUACCGCAAGAUUGCGCAGAAACAAGUUGACUGGCUGCUUCCCUCUGGCAUGAUGAACGAGAACAACACUUUCAACGACGGACUCGAUGUCACGAGCUGUAAGUUGACGGGCCCUGUAUACUCGUACAAUCAGGGUGUCAUACUGGGAGCACUGGUUGAGAUGCACUCACUCACGGGUGAGAAAAGCCACCUCCGUCGGGCUCGCGACAUUGCACUGGGUGCCAUCAAGCAGCUUGCGACUACAGAGGGUGGUAUAUUGACGGAUCUCGGUUAUCCUGCAGAGAUGGACGCCACUGGUGCUCAGUUCAAAGGAGUGUUUGUGAGGAAUCUCAUGUACCUGCAAGCUGUACAUGGUCAAAAGGAGUUUGUCAGAUUCCUUCAAAAGAAUGCAGACUCGAUCUGGAAGUCCAAUCGUCAACGAGAUGGAUCUUUCGGUGCUCUCUGGCAGGGUCCGAUCAAGAGCUUAUCUGCUGCUGCACAAGUAUCUGCUCUGGACUGCUUGAUCGCUGCUGCGGCGGUCUCACCCUUGGAGCAUGGUGAUGAAGGUUGUCUGGGAAAGGGUUGCGGCAGUGCCUCCACAGUCGUCACUGCUGUAGUGACUGUCACGAGAACUGCCGAGACAGCUGCCCCGACUGCGUGA